UUCUUCCAAGAUUCAUUUUUGAAUCUUUACACGAUCAUGGUGGGUCCCCACCAUGCCUUCUUGGUGGGGUUGUUUGUCUUCUGGUGCACGUUGGUGGUGGCAGUGGCGAGGCCACUGCGUUCUGGGGCCCCCCUGCGUUCUUCUACUGAGCAAGAAGCGCUUCUCCAACUGAGUGAUUCUCUGGGUUUAAGGAGCAAAGAUUGGCCAAGAAUGUCGGACCCUUGUAUGACCUGGUCUGGUAUCGUCUGCAAGAACGGUCGUGUGGUCUCAAUCAAUAUCUCAGGAUUGAGAAGAACAACACCCGAGAGAAGUCACCACCGUCAAUUUGCAAUGGAAGCUUUGGCCAAUUUCACUCUCUUGAAGGCCUUCAAUGCCUCUGGUUUCCUGCUUCCAGGUCCAAUGACCAAGUGGUUUGGCUUCAACCUCCCUGCACUUAAGGUGUUUGAUCUUCGUUCUUGCUCCAUUACUGGUUCAAUUCCUGAUAGUUUGGGUCAACUCUCUUCACUUGUCAUUCUUGACAUUUCUAAUAAUUCUCUUUCUGGCCCGAUUCCCCCUAGCAUAGGAAAUUUAUUGGUUUUAAAGUACUUAAAUGUUUCCAACAAUCACCUGGAGUAUUUCACUCUUGAGCUGUGGUCUCUUCCAACUUUAGCUGUAUUGGAUUUAUCCUGCAACCAAUUCACUGGUGUUAUAGUUGAUUUUUCUUGGGCCGUUAAUUCUUCAUCAGUGCAGAAACUGGAUAUUUCGCAGAAUAUAUUUUACGGGGGUAUUCCUAGGCUCAAAUGGUUUAGAUCUCUAAACCUGUCCCACAACUACCUUCAAGGUAAGUUGCCAAAUCCAUUAGCUAAUCUAGUUGCAGAAAAGAACUGUCUGCCAAAAGUGCCAGGACAAAGAAGCAGCAGGGAGUGUGAUAUGUUCUAUCAUAAUAGGGGGCUUAAAUUUGUUGGCGGCAUUGGACACACGAGUAAUAAUAUAAAAGAGAUUGUCCUAGUAUCAUUCUCUGGUGUUCUCUGUACAGUUGCAGUGCUCGUGUUUGUAGCAGUUUUGUUUCUUUCGAAGGAUAGUUCUCAGUCCGUUGGAAAUAUAGGACUAGGAGUGACAUUUACAUAUAACCAGUUGCUCCAAGCAACGGGAGAUUUCAAUGAUGCAAAACUUAUCAAACAUGGCCACACUGGCGAUCUUUUCAACGGAUUUUUGGAGUGUGGCACGCAUGUUGUAAUCAAAAGGACCGGCACAUAUUCAACUAAGACGGACGCUUACCUAUCGGAACUGGACUUUUUCAACAAGGUUUCUCAUAAAAGAUUUGUACCCUUGUUGGGUCAUUGUCUCGAAAACGAGAAUCAUAAGCUUUUGGUUUAUAAGCAGAUGCCAUACGGGAAUAUGUCUGAUUGCUUAUUGCAAUUGGACUGGAUAACUAGGUUCAAAAUUGCUACUGGAGUAGCAGAGGCCUUAACGCAUCUGCAUCAUGAAUGUAUUCCACCCAUUGUUCACAGAGAUAUUCAGUUAAGCAGUAUACUUCUAGAUGAUAACUAUGAAGCUCGGCUGGGGAGUCUAAGUGAAGCCUGUGCUCAAGAAGGAGAAACUCUGAGCGGGUCCUCUGAGCAAGGCAAAUCUGGUUUAUUAACAACAGUUUGCGCCUAUGACGUUCAUUGCUUUGGGAAAGUGUUACUUGAGUUGAUUACCGGUAAUAUUGGACUCCGUGCAUCCAAUGAGGGUGACCUAUACAGAUGUGUUGAUCAGAUUCUACCUUGCACCUUGGACAAGGAGGCUGUGAAAAAUUUUUUGGACCCAACUCUGCGUGUUGAUGAGGAUCUCUUAGAGGAAGUCUGGGCUACAGCCCUUGUGGCCAAAGCUUGUUUAAACCUCAAUCAUUCAGACAAGCCGCGAAUGGAUUUGGUUCUCUUGGCCUUGCAGAGCCCUUCAAAAGUUCUAGAAUUCUGUGCAGAGUCUGCUUCACAUAUGUAGAGAGCCCUGUACAUAAGGCUUCAUAACAUGUUUCAAUUUUUUGAUCUAAACAAAUACUUGAGGAGAGAUAGAUAUAGAGUGCGAGAAGGCCAAGUGCUUUGGUAGAUAUAGAUACUUCUUUACUUGAUUUCAUCUGUAAUUGCUUGUGAAUAGAAAGAAGCCCAUUUUUCACUGAUUUUUUUUGCUUUUCUCUUUA